AUGGGCCCAAAGAGAAAUGCCAAGUUUAGUGAUGACAGUGAAUCAAAGACUAUGAAAAACAACCUCUUUAAAUUUGAGAGAAAAGUAGGUUUUGAUGGUGAAGAGGUUUAUGGUACAGCUGGACAAUCAAAAUUUGUCCUAAAGAACCUCUGGCACUAUACUGUCCAUCCAAAUAUGGCCAGGCACUAUGAACCUUUGAAGCCUAGUAAACUGCAGAAAUUCCUGGCUCAAAGGAAUAAAAUUAGCAGCUUCAUGGUGAAAGUGGCAGAGUUUGAUCAGGAUAUGACCUUACUGCUCAUGACCAACAACCCACCUCCCUACAGCAUCAGUCAGCACGACAAGGAUGGUGCUCCAAAAUACUUUCCCCAGGAUUUUCAGCUCAAGGAAACUCAACUUCAGUGCAAACCUACCAAGAACAUCUGGCUGCCUAUCUUGCCUCAGAAAAAGAAAUUAAGACAAGAUCUGAAACCAGUCUUUUCUAUGAAACAGAUAGGUGAUCUUGAAUCCAAGGAACAGCAGUGGUUCAGGUUUUCUACUGACAAUGACUUCAAGAGUGAAGGGAAGUAUUCUGAAGUCUAUGCUUUGAGGAAACAGAAAAAAAUGUACCCUACGUUCACCUUUGAUCAAGUCUGCCAAAGAGAGGCGAAGAGAGAUGUUUCCAAGAGGUCAGAGAGCGAGAAACCAACUUCUCAGGCGACUUGGGAACCCCUGUCAUUUUCAAAGCUCCUGGAAGAGAAGCCCAUCAAAACCGUACCAGGGGAAAACGCCUUCCGCCACGGAAGGGCCCAGAACUGGGUUAUCAAAAAUGCUGCUGUCAUUAAGUGAAGACAAGUCCUUUAAGUCCCCCUCCUCGCCCUCCAAGUCCCGAGGGGCUUGUAGAAGUCACCAACCAAAUAAAGUCACGACGUCGCUGCAGCAGACCAGGGCUGCAGAGGCCCGGCAGGGUGGGCGGGGAGAGCCGCGGGGCAGC